AGUGUUCCAAAGCCAUUUGCAGUUUCAACUUCUGUGCCCAGCACAAGCCAGGCUCAACCAAGCUCUUCUUUCUUCGGUCGCAUUUUGGCUUCUAUUCCAAAUGUUUCGUCGGUCACUGUUCCACCUCAUGUGCCUACCUUCCCGCUCCAUUCACCGACGGUCCCUCGGCAGUCUCCGGCGACCUCAACACCGUCGUAUAUCUCUGUCUCUUCUGUCCCUGUUUCUACGAUUACCACACCCCCUCUCGUAUCACCGGUCUUUUCAUCGCUUAUUCCACCCCCGAAAGCCGUGACAUCAUCUUCAACUCUUGAUAAACCUCUAAUUCCAAUCUCGACUGGUGGGUCGUUGUCCCCAUAUUCUUCGACUACGCGGGCUUGUUCACCCCUUGUUGACAGUAUCAAGGUUUCCUGUGCUCAGUACACUGAUCGUAUGAUUUCCUCUGCAUCGGACCAAGCAACCUCUGAAUCGAUUGUUCCCCCCACUGCGACUGGCGCUAUCUCAUCUCGGGCUUUCGAGGACGGGUAUUCGACUUCUGAUGGGUUCGUUGAUUCUGAACUUAAGAACUCUGGGACAAGAGAACCGUUUAUUCGUAGAUUCUCGGGUCUUUCGAGCUCAUUUGAUGAAACGAUUAUGGACAAGCUUCCUCCCUUUUCAGCUGAAGAACAUUUACGCCAAUUGAGGGUUCGUGCUGGUCUUGAACCGCGCUAUCCAGCUGACUUGGAACACGUCUUCUCGCAGAUGCUGCAUCCAGCCGGCGCAUCAUCUCAACCCGGACCAGCAUCCUUUUCAGUGACAACGCCCGCAUCUGUUCCAAAGCCUCUACCUCCCUCUUCUAGUACGCUUUUUGAUACUACACAUAUGCACAUCAAGUCCCCACAACUUACCCCUUCCAAAUUUGGAACACCUCAAUUAACCAGCGUAUCAACUCCGUCGAUACCCAAUUUAUUUGCCAACAUCAAGGCUGGACUUGAUAGUGGUUUAGGUCAGUCGGUUCAACGCAAACCGACGGCGCAACAGACAGCACCGUCACAAAUCAAACAACCCCAAGCUGGUUUUGGCUUUGGUGUUAAGUCCCUCCCAACCAGUUUGUUUAGCAACUUUUUGUCAUCUGCAGCCUCCAAGGCACAAACAGUCGCGGCCGGCGCAGUUAGACAGGCUAACGCCGCUGCGGAUGCAGCUAGGGAGGUAGCGAACCAGGCUGCGGUUCAGUUGUCGGCACCAACGCCUAAAACCACUCAACAAGCACCAGCACGGCAGCCUCCGUCGUUGUUAAUCACAGAAGCUUCAUCGAUUGAAAAGGUUGAGAAAGAACAACCACCACAACGUGAUAUUGGUAUUCCUCGUUCUUUUGACGAACCGUUCGCUCCGAGUACGGACGGAAGACCAGCUCCAGUUGGGCAAGAAGAGCCGGGUGAUGCAUCCGACACCACGACGAAGUGUAUACUAGAUGCAGGUCACGGCACGAUUGGUUCCGCGGUUCCCCAAGAACGGCAAUGGUUACAUGAACAGACGAUGGACGUCACUUCAGAUGAUGACUAUGACGAUGAUAUGUUUGAUCGUAUGCAGACACUUUCAGACGGAUAUGAUUCAUCUACUGGAAUUGGUGGAAACUUUGAUGCACCGAAAGAUCGCCAAUUUACAGAUAGAAAAGCUUCGAUAACUACGCAAGACAGUCUGGCUGAUACUAACUUAGAUGUGGAUGGACAGAGAGCACUGCUUGCGCGCGACAGGAUGUUGAUGGCAGCUGCUACGGGCGUGCACUCCCCAGUGCAUAAGGGUCCAGGCGAACCUGGCUACUUCGAUGGCUUGAUAUCUGAGAUGGGAACAGCAAAGAAGCCGGAAGAUCCUUUGCAUGAAUCGACUCUGACGGACAAAUCAGAACCGGAUCCUGGACUGAAUCUGGCGGGACGAAAACCAAGAGAGCGCAGUAGUAUUGAGGAGACCGCACUCAAUAAAGAGCACCGGGCAUCUUUGGAAAGGCAAGUGGUCUAUCUGUGGUAUUUUGCUUCGUCUUUUGCAAUCGGUAUUUCGUUGCGCAACUGCGAUUCUGUCCAGUGUUUUUAUGUGUUAUUACACUCUCCCUCCUUUGUUCGUUCUAGCCGUCGAGAUUCAGACUCCAAACUGCGGCGGCUACAAAAGUCCAUGUCGGUUCAGUUGGAUGACAGAGACGAUACCACGGCAGACGAUGAGGAAGCGGUGAGAUUUUCACCUACGAGUUGUCAUCCUGAGUCCAUACACGACCGAGUGUCUUCUUUUGACGAGUGGAGUCGUUUCGCUGCAUCUCCCGAAGAAUUCCACAAGGAUGAAGCUGAGCCAACAGACAAAACAGUGUACAGUCCUACGCACGUAUCAGAGGGAGAGAAGAUGGAGCCAUCUUCUGCUCAACCUGUUUCCAAGUCACUGGCUCGCCAGCGUUGGCACGAUGCCUUCAAUCGUGUUUGUAGUCGUUUAGGGACAGACAGUAUGCUGUUUCCAUUUGAUACUGGUCGCGCGGCGGAUCGCCAUUCCUCGUUUUAUACCAGCAUCGACAGCAUGCCGGAUAUUCGACUGAAAAAGAAACCGAUAGCUCUCGUCAGUGAUUUGACCAUGGCUGUCCAGAAACGGAAUAUGGGCACAGCGAGCGCCAACCUGAUCACACGACAGUCAAUCAAUGACGAGGAGUUGAAACAACACGUCUACAAAAAGACUUUGCAGGCGCUACUGUAUCCAAUCUCCAGCAACACUCCGCACAAAUUUCAAGUCUGGUCAGCGACCAGUCCAACCUACUGUUAUGAAUGUGAAGGGCUUUUGUGGGGUAUUGCCCGUCAGGGUCUUCGCUGUACCGAGUGUGGUGUCAAGUGUCAUGACAAAUGUCGUGAAUUGUUGAAUGCAGACUGCCUGCAACGCGCUGCCGAAAAGUCCACCAAACAAGGUGCGGACGACAAAGCCCAAGCAAUCAUUCAAGCUAUGACCGCGCUGAUGCGUCAGCGGACUAAUGAAUGCCCUGAUCUGUUCGACCUCGUCGGUAAAGUGUUCAAAGUGGACGAAAAGACCCACGAACGGAACUUGGCGCAAGCACAACAGAGCAUUUUGGAUGGAACCAGUAAAUGGUCAGCGAAAAUUGCGAUAACAGGCGCUGCCGAAAAGUCCACCAAACAAGGUGCGGACGACAAAGCCCAAGCAAUCAUUCAAGCUAUGACCGCGCUGAUGCGUCAGCGGACUAAUGAAUGCCCUGAUCUGUUCGACCUCGUCGGUAAAGUGUUCAAAGUGGACGAAAAGACCCACGAACGGAACUUGGCGCAAGCACAACAGAGCAUUUUGGAUGGAACCAGUAAAUGGUCAGCGAAAAUUGCGAUAACAGUCAAAUGUGCGCAGGGUUUGAUCGGAAAGGACAAAACCGGUACCAGCGACCCGUACGUCACAGUUCAGGUGGGCAAAGUCAAGAAAAGAACCAAGACGGUGCCACAGGAGUUGAACCCAGUGUGGAAUGAAAAAUUCUCGAAUGCCACAAUGCUUCGGAUCGCAUCAAAAUUCGUGUCUGAAAAGCGCACGGACAAAAGUGCCGUUUCCGGCGCCAUUCGUCUCUUCAUUUCUGUGGAAAUAAAGGGUGAAGAGAAGGUGGCUCCCUACCACGUUCAGUACACCUGUUUGCAUGAGAACAUAUUUCACUAUCUCUGUGAAACGAACAAAAGCAAAGGAGAAGUAGAGGUCAAAAUUCCGGACGCUACCGGGGAUGAAAGCUGGAAAGUGUACUUCGACCAACCUGCACAGGAAAUAGUGACGGAAUUCGCUAUCCGCUACGGAAUCGAGUCUAUCUAUGAGGCAAUGACGCACUUCUCCUGUCUCACCACUAAAUACAUGUGUACCGGUGUCCCAGCGACCAUGUCCAGCCUUCUGGCCAACAUUAACGCCUUCUACGCUCACACGUCCGCGUCCAGCAACCAGACCGCUUCAGAACGCUUCAGUGCGAGUAAUUUUGGGAAAGAAAAGUUUGUCAAAUUACUCGACCAACUCCACAACUCGCUUCGUAUCAGCCUGUCAAUGUAUCGAAAUUCGUUUCCUGCUUCCCAACCGGAUAAGUUACAAGAUUUGAAGUCUACUGUGGAUUUACUAACUAGCAUCACGUUCUUCCGCAUGAAGGUUCAAGAGCUGUCCAGUCCACCCAGGGCCAGUCAAGUAGUGCGUGAAUGUACACGGGCUUGUAUGCAAAGCACUUAUCAAUUUAUCUACGAAAAUGUCAAUGAGGUCUAUGCAAGACAGUUUCAGGAACCCGUGACCGCUGAUGAAGGGGCUCCAUCUUUGAAAUCCUUGGAAUUUUGGCAUCGCCUGAUCACUCUUUUGGUUUCAGUUAUCGAUGAGGACAAGACAACCUAUGCGACAGUUAUCAAUCAAUUUCCACAAGAAGUCAACAUGGGUCAUCUGAGCGCCAUAUGCAUGUGGGAGAGGCUAUCAGAGGAUCUGCGUAUCGCGUUGGAAGUUCACGCACGUGCGGAACAACGCUACUGCAAAUCUUCUGACUACAUGAAUCUAUGUUUCAAAGUCAAAUGGUUCUACAACAAACAUGUGGCCAUUGCACCAGAAAUGAAAGACAAAGUUCCCGAAUAUCCCCGUUGGUUCGAACCAUUCGUGAUGCAAUGGCUGAAUGAAAACGAUGAGGUCUCAAUGGAUUUCCUCCGCAAUGCGUACGAACGAGACAAGCGUGAUGGUUUCCAGCGGUCCAGCGAACACGCCCUCUUCUCCAAUUCUGUGGUCGACGUUUUCACGCAGUUGAAUCAAUGCUUCGAUGUUAUUAAAAAACUGGAAUGUCCAGACACUGACGUUCAGGAGCGGUUUUUGAAUAGAUUUUCACGGACUGUGAGCAAAGUUCUUCUCACCUAUGCGGAAAUUGUUAAAGCUGAUUUUAAAAGCUGGGUGGGACAGCAGGAGGUCGCCUGCAUAAUCAUGAACAACAUCCAACAGAUGCGCGUCCAACUGGAAAAAGUAUUCGAGGCCAUGGGUGGGAAUAAUUUGCCAGAAGACACGUUGACCGCCAUGAGCGAUUUGCAGCAGAUGCUUCAUCUAGUAAUCGAUGACUUGGCCGCACAGUAUGCCCAACAACUUCAGGGUGAAAUCGCCACAAAGAUCAAAGAACUGAGCAAAUUACUUCAUCAGUGUUCACCGAAUUCGAAAGCCAGCGUUGAGUCUGAAGCCGAUCUGAUUCUCCAUCCACUCAUGGAUCAUUACGAAGCCACCUUGUCCGCCUUGGCUGAUUUGUGCGAGAAAACUGUGUUGAAGCGUCUGCUCAAGGAGCUCUUUAAAGUCUCAAUGCACACUUUAGAGAAGCAGGUCGUCUUGCCUACAGUUUCGGACCCUAGAGCGCUCUUCCUCAAUUUGACUAUUCCAUCGACGGCUCAAGCAAAAAUUUCCAGUGUUUCCCAAAGCCUAUUAACGAAUGUCAGCAGUCAGUUACCCGCCAGCCGAAUCCUUCAGGACAUUUCCAAAGACACCGGUGUGACUGAGCGGAACCUCACUCCAAGGCAUUGUCAAAUACUAGACAUCGCUUUGGACGCUAUCAAGAGCUACUUCCAUGCUGGCGGUAGUGGUCUAAAGAGCACGUAUUUGGAUAAGUCACCGGAAUUGCAGUCUUUGCGAUACGCGCUCUCUUUGUACACUCAGACCACGGAUGCUUUAAUCAAGAAUUUUGUGGCAACUCAAACGUCUCAAGAUAAACCAGCCAUCGAGGAAACUGUUGGAGAAGUUUCCAUCCAAGUUGACCUGUAUCGGCAUCCUUCACAUGGUGAACAUAAGGUUAUGGUAACAGUCAUCGCAGCCAACAACCUGAAAUGGUCCGGAACCGGCGGAUUUCGACCGUUUGUCGAAGUUGUCCUCGUUGGUCCACUGCUUGCAGAGAAGAAGCACCGAUUUGCCACCAAGUCAAAGCCAAACACUUGGUCUCCCAAGUUCAAUGAGACAUUUACCUUGUAAGUCUCUGAUUUUAUGCAGCGUUCGUGUUUACCACCGUUCGGUCUAACAUGCCUGCAUGAAUCGCGGUUGUCGGUUUGCUCG